CACCGCACGACUCCGAUUCAGUAAGCAGCCGCGAGUCCAGGCACAAGCAACACACGAUGAGCCAACAACUGGCGGAGAAUCUACCCAAGCAGCUGCUGCCCCGCAGCGAUGCCAAAGAGCAGAGCGAGGAGGAGGAGGCGCCAGUUCCGGCUCCAGUUCCGGCUGGGGCUGCACCACCCACACCCGGAAUACCAGCGGACUUUGAGACGGCUAUCGAUGCGGCGGGCUUCGGAAUGUUUAACAUUCUGCUGCUGGUGGCCGCUGUGCCCGCGGCCAUGGGCACCGUGUACGAGACCUCGACCAUGUCCUACAUCCUGCCCAGCGCCGAAUGUGACCUGAAGCUGAGCCUGCUGGACAAGGGCAUACUGAAUGCCAUCACCUAUGCGGGCAUGAUCAGCUCGGCCGUCUUUUGGGGCUACUUUGCGGACACCAAGGGCAGGCGCAAGCUGCUCAUCUAUGGCUAUGCCAUAGACACCAUCUGUGUGCUGGGCGGUGCCUUCAGCCAGAGUGUUGUCCAGCUGAUGGUCUUCAAGUACUUUGGAGGUUUCUGCAUGAGUGGUCCUUUUGCCGUGCUUAUGACCUAUCUGACGGAGCUGCACGGACGCCAGCAUCGUCAGCGCAUUAUGAUGAUUGUGGGCAUUAUGUUCUCCAUAGCCACACUGACGCUGCCUGGUCUGGCCAUGCUCAUUCUGCCCCAAGACUGGGAACUAAACAUUUGGAGUUUUAAGAUGACUGCCUGGCAAAUGUUUGUGGCCGUAACAGCACUGCCCAGCCUCCUCAGCUCCAUGCUGUUCCCCCUGUUUCCCGAGAGUCCAAAAUUUCUAAUGUCCAGAGGUCGCAAUCAGGAGGCCCUGGAGGCCUUCCAGUUCAUGUAUGCCCUGAACACCAGAAAACUCAAGGACUCAUAUCCAUUUAAAGUGCUGGCCAAUGAAGUGCCCGAGCAGGUCACCAAGCACAAGGCACACACGGAGGUGAAGCUGCCCAUCGAGAGCUCUGAGGCCGCCUGUGCCCCACCAGUGGAUCCCGAGCUGGCAGCCGUGCCCAAGAGUGGGCUAAGUGCGGGCCUCUCCCAGCUGCGUCCGCUGUUCACCAAACCCUACCUGGGCCUCUCGCUCUGGGUCUAUCUGCUCAACUUUUGCGUGCUUCUGGGUCAGAACACGAUGCGUUUGUGGCUGCCACAGCUGUUUGCCUCCAUCAACGAGUUCGAGCACCAGGUGGGCGGGCCGUCGGGCGAGACGAGCAUCUGCAGAAUACUGGAGUUCAGCGUGAACCGCACCCAGAGCAAGCUGAUGGCCAUCACGGAUACCGCUGCCGAGUGUACGGUGAAUGUGACGGCGGCCACGUACACAAACAAUCUGAUUGUGGCGGCCGCCGGACUGGUGGCCUACAUGCUGGCCGGCUUCCUGGUCAACCUGGUGGGCGUCAAGCGGAUAAUGACUGUGGGCCUAUUUUGUGCCGCCUGCUGCUCAAUUGGCAUGUACUGGUCGAGCUCCGCUGCAUCGACAGUGGCCAUUGCCUCGCUGUUUGUGACCAUGGGCAGCAUAUCGGCCACAUCGGUGAUCAGUGCAUCGGUCAGUCUGUUUCCCACAUCCCUGAGAACAAUGAUUGUCUCCCUGGAGAUGAUGUUUGGCCGACUGGGCUCACUGCUCGGCAACAUCUUCUUUCCGGCACUGAUGGGUCUCGGCUGUGUGCCGCCCUUCUUCAUGAUCAGCUUCUUUAUGUUGGCUGGCUGUCUAAUGGCUGCCUUCCUGCCGCUCAAGAACAAAGCUGCACUGAAGUGAGGACAUACUCCAAAUCCAAUUGCCAUUUCCCCCACUUUCCCCAUUCCCCAUUCCCACACCCACUCCAUGGGGUUGGCUUGUACAUAGCAUUUAGCUCUAAGUUUAGUUAUUCCUUUCCACUUUGUAUGCCCUUGCAGUGGUUGCUUCACAGAUGGCCUGUAGCUAUCCCUCUGGGUUGCUCCAUGCUAUGCAAUUCCUUGCUUCGGCCUGCCGAAUGACAUUUUUUUUUUCAAUUUUUUUUUCUAUUUUUUUUGUUGUGUUUGUGUUUUUGUGUUUGUAUUUGUGUCUCUUCCUUUGCUUUAAUUAAAAG